AAGCAAAAAUAUCUUCUUUCUCUCUCUCCUCCUCCUCUCUCUUCUCUCUCACUGAGCAAACCAUGAUUAGUGUCACCUCCAAGCUCUCUCUCCUUCCUCCAUGCUUCUCUGUCGUUAACUCUUCAUCUUCGCGUUCAAAAGAGCCAAAAAAUAAAGUUAAACUAAGACAAGACUGGAGGGAAAAGUCCAAACCUAUCCCACCUGGAGGAACCUAUCCAGCUAAAGACCAUUGCAGUCGGUGUGGGCUGUGCGACACCUACUACAUUGCCCAUGUGAAGGAUGCGUGUGCAUUCCUUGGAGAUGGAAUGUCAAGGAUUGAGAGCUUGGAACCGGUUGUGCAUGGUAGAGGAAGGAAUGCAGAUUCCUUACAAGAUACAUAUUUUGGGGUGCAUCAAGAGCAGCUCUAUGCUCGUAAGUUGAAGCCUGUUGAAGGAGCACAGUGGACUGGGAUUGUCACAACCAUAGCCAUUGAGAUGUUGAAAUCUAAUAUGGUUGAGGCUGUUGUCUGUGUGCAGAGUGAUCCUGAAGACAGAUUAUCUCCAAGACCAGUAUUAGCCAGGACACCUGAAGAAGUUUUGGCUGCAAGAGGUGUCAAGCCAACUCUGUCUCCUAAUCUGAAUACUCUUGAAUUAAUUGAGACUUCCGGAGUGAAACGUCUUCUUUUUUGUGGUGUGGGUUGCCAAGUGCAAGCAUUGAGAUCAGUAGAGCAGCAUCUGAAUCUGGAGAAGUUGUAUGUCCUAGGCACCAAUUGUGUGGACAAUGGAACACGAGAUGGACUAGACAAGUUUCUGAAAGCAGCUAGUAAGGAGCCAGAAACUGUUCUUCAUUAUGAAUUUAUGCAAGAUUAUAAGGUCCAACUCAAACACUUGGACGGACACAUUGAAGAGGUUCCCUAUUUCUCUCUACCAGCAAACGAUUUAGUAGAUGUCAUAGCUCCAUCAUGUUAUAGCUGCUUUGAUUACACAAAUGCAUUAGCGGAUUUGGUUAUCGGUUACAUGGGUGUUCCGAAGUAUUCAGGUGUGAACAUGACUGACCAUCCACAGUAUAUUACAGUGAGAAAUGAACGUGGGAAAGAAAUGCUCAGCUUGGUAGAAAACCUUUUGGAGAUCACUCCAACAAUCAGCAGCGGUGAUCGACGACCUUUUGUGACAGAAACCGUCAAGGCAGACGAUGAUGCUAAGUUUGGUCGAGGUCCUGCUCAGCCAGCACCGCUAUUUGUUGGAAACAUUAUUGCGUUCAUCCUAAGUUUGGUUGGUCCUAAGGGACUAGAAUUUGCGCGGUACUCAUUGGAUUACCAUACCAUCAGAAAUUAUUUACAUGUAAACCGCAAAUGGGGAAAACAGAGAGCCGACAGCCACAUGCCAUCAUAUGCCAAAAAGAUAGUGGAAAUGUACAACAAAAACGGCCAAAUAGAUCAAAUGAUCUCCAAGAAAUGAACGAUAUAGGUCAUCUCAUGUAAGUUUGCAAGUGUAUAUUCCAUCCAUCCAACAGUGUGUAAAUGUACAUUGGUCCUACUGUUUCUCAACUUGUAGUAUGUUAGUAAUAUCCAAAAGUAUUUCCCUCGUGAC